AUGAGAUUUGAGUGGGAGAGAUUCCAAGUGCCUCGUGUAGCGCCUUUGGACUCCAAACAUGGGUGGGACUUGGGCGGGACUCAAACUAGACUCAAUGCUCAAUGCUUUGACCAAAGAUGGUUAAUCCUUAAGUUCUCGCUUGCGCGCAGAACGAAGCUUCGGAAGUUUGGCCGCGCGCGGAGGAGUUCCCGACGUCCAAAAGUUACGAUCUUGAUAUGGAAAGAUAGAUACUUGAGUCAUGCAUCACGUCGAAGUGGAAUGAAGCCAUUUGGAUCAACUAUGAGGCCUAGACUUAUUUUCUACCGAGACAUGUCCGGUAAGCGAGUAAACGAAGCCCAUGGAGGAUUUGGAGUGUCUAAUGGCCCGAGCAGCAGCGCCAAAGGCCUUGAUCGAAUAGAGAAGAGGCCUGGCUAA